ACUGCUCCGGCUGGCACGUGACUUGCUUCGUGGGCUCUGGGGUCCAGGAAGCCGUGAGGCCGGAGCUUAGGUCGGGUAGGGAUGGAACGCUGAGCCGUUAACGUCUGCCAGGCUGUACACCUCUGUACCUGUUACUGCUGCCACUUCCUCGUUUGACACUUCCCUGGGUCUUUGAGAGAAAGUAGAUGAAAAUGCCAUUCAUUGUAUAGUUAGGGACCUAUCUAGACCCUUGGACCUAGAAAUGGACAUCAAGUGAUGUGUCUAAGUCUAGCAUAACUUCCAUCAUCUUCUAAUUGCCGAUUACCUGCACAGUACUUAACCACAAUUACAUCUAGAGAGAAGGAGUCUCUAUUGAUUUUGGAAGAAAUAUCUGGUAACCAACAUGACUGAGUUCUGGCUUAUAUCAGCUCCUGGGGAGAAAACAUGUCAGCAAACAUGGGAGAAAUUGCAUGCGGCAACUACGAAGAACAACAAUCUUGCAGUUACUUCAAAGUUCCACAUUCCUGACUUAAAGGUUGGCACACUGGAUGUCUUGGUUGGUUUGUCGGAUGAACUGGCUAAACUGGAUGCAUUUGUAGAAGGGGUGGUUAAGAAAGUGGCUCAGUAUAUGGCUGACGUACUGGAGGAUAGUAAAGAUAAAGUUCAGGAGAAUCUGUUGGCCAACGGAGUUGACUUGGUUACUUAUAUAACAAGGUUUCAAUGGGACAUGGCUAAAUAUCCAAUCAAGCAGUCCCUGAAAAAUAUUUCUGAAAUAAUUGCCAAGGGAGUGACUCAGAUUGACAAUGACCUGAAAUCUCGAGCAUCCGCAUACAACAACCUGAAAGGGAAUCUUCAGAAUUUGGAACGAAAGAAUGCAGGAAGUUUGCUAACUAGAAGUCUAGCAGAAAUUGUGAAGAAGGAUGACUUUGUUCUUGACUCAGAGUAUCUCGUCACAUUACUGGUCGUGGUUCCCAAGUUAAACCACAAUGACUGGAUUAAGCAGUAUGAAACACUAGCUGAAAUGGUGGUUCCAAGGUCUAGCAAUGUUCUCUCAGAGGACCAAGACAGUUACCUGUGUAAUGUCACCUUGUUUAGGAAGGCAGUUGAUGACUUCAGACACAAAGCCAGGGAAAACAAAUUCAUCGUUCGUGACUUCCAGUAUAAUGAAGAGGAGAUGAAAGCAGACAAAGAAGAAAUGAACAGGCUUUCUACUGACAAGAAAAAGCAAUUUGGACCACUUGUACGGUGGCUGAAAGUGAAUUUCAGUGAGGCGUUUAUUGCAUGGAUUCAUGUAAAAGCGUUGAGGGUUUUUGUUGAGUCUGUUUUGAGGUAUGGCUUGCCAGUGAACUUCCAAGCAAUGCUCCUUCAGCCCAAUAAGAAAACAAUGAAGAAACUAAGAGAAGUAUUAUAUGAAUUGUAUAAACAUCUAGAUAGCAGUGCAGCAGCUAUUAUUGAUGCUCCUAUGGAUAUUCCAGGCUUAAACCUGAGUCAACAGGAGUAUUACCCCUAUGUGUACUACAAGAUCGAUUGCAACUUGCUGGAAUUCAAGUAAAAUGAGCCCCCCAGAUAGCCCUGCCCUCGUGUCGGUGUCGGUGUUUGCUAACAGACAUAGAUUGUAGUUUGGCUGUACUUUUAACUCUCUCUUACCCCUUGCUUGCUUCUCACCCCCUUUCCUAGUCGUGUUCUCUCGUAGUGGUCCAUUUGUCAACAUUUUGUUUUUAAAAGGAAACUAUAUGUCUUGUUUCUUUUUAUUGAUCAGGUCUGUAAAUGUGUGCUAAAAAUAAAAUCAGAGUUUAUUUAUAAACAGAAUAGUUUAUUUAAAAAGAAGGUCUUACUUCAUCGAUAUUGUGGUAUGCAUUAAUUCCAUUUGUUACUGUUGUGACAGAAGCCUUGUGUACAAGGGAAUGGUGUAAACAGUUAUACCAUUUUGUUCACUGUAUUUAGUAGACCUAAUUGUUUAAUAGUUAUUGAAUCAUGAUGUAAAGAAAUGUGACAAUAUUCAGGUAUGUGCUUUCUGAAUGUUUCAAAUUACAAUCUGUGAGCACUAUUGACACCCACAGGAGAGAAUAAAAUUACCUGUGCAAAGGUG